AUGAAAGAACCACAGCUCCCCCCAGCAGACAUCCCCGUCAACUCAAUCAGCUCCUCGGCCUCUUCCACGCCUCAACAACUCCGCUUCCUCGUCAUCGGCGCCGGUUCUCGCGGUAAUGCCUACGCCGUCGCCGUGACAAAGGUCACACCGGGAACAAUCCACGCCGUCGCCGAGCCACACCCCUUUAAGCGGCGCGAGUUCGGCCGGAACUACAUCUGGGGACAGGGAUCAGCUCAGGAGGGCCAAGAAUUCACCGACUGGCGCGAGUGGAUACGAUGGGAAACCGAACGGCGACGCGCAGAUAAAGGCCAGGAUGGCGCCGCAGGGAUAACGGGCGCAGGACCCGUUGGAGUCGACGGUGUAUUCAUCUGCACGCUGGACGAGACACACAUCGAGGUGAUCAAGGCAAUCGCUCCGCUCAAUCUACAUAUCCUAUGCGAGAAGCCGCUCGCCCUCUCGCUGAACGACUGCCUUACCGUAUACCGCACGCUUCAGCCACCAGAGGGCGCAGACCAACGCCCACGAGCCCAGUCAAAGAUCUUCUCCAUCGGCCAUGUACUACGAUACAGUCCACACAACAUUCUCCUACGCAAACUCCUCCUUGCGGAACGGGUUAUCGGCGACAUCGUCUCACUGGAACACACCGAGCCCGUAGGCUGGUGGCACUUCUCGCACAGCUACGUGCGCGGGAACUGGCGGCGUGCCACAGCCGCCGGCGACGGAUCCCUCCUAACAAAGUCAUGCCAUGACAUCGACUUCAUCCUCUGGCUUCUCUGCUCGCCCCCUUCACUCGAGAACGCCGUUGCAUCGGGCCACGAGCCUCACUUCCCGCGCAGCAUCUCGUCGGCGGGGUACAUGACGCAGUUCAGACGAUCGCGCAAACCUGCCGCUGCGAAGGAUGCUACGAAUUGUCUCUCUUGUCCGGCUGAGCGGGAUUGCAGCUACAGUGCCCUGCGCAUCUAUAAUGAUCGCCACCUGGCGAAGGGGCAUGCGAGUUGGCCUGUUGAUAUCGUCUGUCCCGAUAUCGAAGACGUGUAUAAGACACAAGGCACGGCAGCGGCAGAGUCGCAUCUUCUUUCACGGCUGCGGGAGGAUUACGAGGUUGGCAAGGAUGCAGAUGCGGAUAUUGCCUCGCGGCCCUGGUACGGCCGGUGUGUCUACGAAGCAGAUAACAACGUUUGCGACGACCAAGUCGUGACAUUUGCAUGGGAUGAUGAGGAGAGCGAGCCCCGCCGGCUCGCGAAAACGGCUACCUUCCAUAUGAUUGCGCCGACGGAGAAACAGUGCGAGCGGCGCGGCCGUGUGUACGGGACCACGGGAGAGAUUGAAUACGAUAGCCGAACGAUCUCGAUCUAUGAUUUUGCUACAGCCAAAACUCAUGUUAUUGAUGUGCCCCCUCCGCCGCCGAAUCAAAAGGAGUCUCAUGGUGGUGGUGACUAUGGUCUGGCGAGACAGUAUGUCAGUGCUGUUGAUGCGGUGGUGAAUGGGGGCUUGGAUGUUGAGACGGCGCAGGCGAGAUUCGUUGGGUGUACUUUGGAAGAAGCGGUGCGAAGCCAUGCGGUUGUGUUUGCGGCCGAGGAGGCUAGGCGCGAGGAGAGGGUUGUGCAGUGGAAGGAAUGGUGGAAUGAGAAGCUCAAGACUUCGGCUGCGGCUUGGGCUGCGUGA